AAAGUUAAUAAAUAAAUAAACUAACUAACCUAAGAACUCACUCUCCACACAACCUCCCCGUCACCGCUCAACCCACACACACAACACAACACAACCUACCCAGCAACACUCGCUGCCGCCCGCUCCCACCAAAACCCCUUGACACCCACCCGCACCCAAUCCCUUUCUCCUUCUCCUCCUGCUCCUGCUGCUACGUCAAAGCCCCUUGUAGAGGACAGGGAACCAAGAACAGUGCCAGGACUUUGAACGGAACUCAACCCUCAUUAAACCUCUCUGUGUGUUAGAGACCACAAGAGAGAGAAGAUGACCAAUCCAGUUCAGGAUUUUCAUGAAGAAGAAGAAGAUGACCAGGGCGAGGUUUAUCUUGAUGAAGCUGACAUUAUUGGCGAAGUCGAUGUCGAUGAUGAAGAUCUUCCUGAUGCAGAUGAUGAAAUUAUUGAUGAGCCUGAUGACUCCAUGCACAUAUUCACUGGUCAUACUGGUGAGCUUUACACGGUUGUCUGCAGCCCAACAGAUCCUACAUUAGUUGCAACUGGGGGUGGAGAUGACAGAGGGUUUCUUUGGAAAAUUGGACAAGGAGAUUGGGCGUUUGAGCUCCAAGGUCAUAAGGAUUCUGUUUCUAGUUUAGCAUUUAGUACUGAUGGACAAUUGCUUGCAUCCGGAAGCUUGGAUGGAAUUAUUCAAAUUUGGGAUAUCACAUCAGGAAAUCUGAAAUGCACCCUUGAAGGUCCUGGGGGGGGCAUUGAGUGGGUCAGGUGGCAUCCUAGGGGGCAUCUGGUCCUGGCUGGUACAGAGGACUCCAUGGCUUGGAUGUGGAAUGCUGACAAAGGUUCCUAUCUUAAUUCGUUUUCAGGCCAUGGUAGUAGCGUGAGUUGUGGUGAUUUUACCCCCGAUGGUAAAACAAUAUGCACUGGUUCUGCUGAUGCAACUUUGAGAAUAUGGAAUCCAAAAAGUGGCGAAAACAUUCAUGUGGUGCAAGGUCACCCGUACCAUACUGCAGGAUUGACAUGCUUGGCAAUAAGCUCUGAUUCAACUCUAGCUGUUACUGGUUGUGAAGAUGGUUCUAUCCAUGUUGUCAACAUAGUAACUGGAAAGGUUGUUAGUUCCCUGCCUUCACAUUCAGAUUCUGUCGAAUGUAUCGAGCUUGCACCAAGCUCCCCAUGGGCUGCAAUAGGAGGUAUGGAUAACAAGCUAAUCAUCUGGGAUUUGCAGCAUUCGUUGGCCCGCUCCACUUGUGACCAUGAGGAUGGAGUGACAUGCUUGACAUGGCUUGGUGGAUCGAGGUACCUAGCAACGGGUUGCGGGGAUGGGAAGGUUCGACUGUGGGAUAGUCUCUCAGGUGAUUGUGUAAGAACAUUCAAUGGGCACAGUGAAUCUAUUCAGUCUCUCUCUGUUUCUGCCAACCAAGAGUUUCUUGUUUCAGUAUCUACCGAUGGAACUGCCCGAGUUUUUGGGAUUGCAGAAUAUAAGUAAGCAAAGAUAGCCUACUUCAUAUAUUUGUAACAAAUAUGGUCUUAGAGUUAUGUAGUACUUGUGUUCAAAGAAUCUGAGAUGAAUUACAAUACAUAAGCUUUCCUGAUAAAAUUUUCAACAUUA